UUUGUGGGCUGUACCUGUGGAGCUGGUAGCACUGCUGAUCUGAGCACAACUCUUUGAGCCCAGACUCCUUCCUGAGAGAGACUCCAGAGGGGAAGAAGAUGAGCACAGUGGGCAAAGUUAUUAAAUGCAAGGCAGCCAUUGCCUGGGAAGCAGGGAACCCCUUUUCUAUUGAGGAGGUUGAAGUCGCCCCACCCAAAGAACAUGAAAUUAGAGUUAAGAUUGUUGCGACGGGGGUGUGCCGUACUGAUGCUCAUGCUGUUAGCCUCAGUUUUAAGGAGGGUCUUUUUCCAGUCAUCCUGGGCCACGAAGGAGCAGGAAUUGUGGAGAGCACUGGACCAGGAGUGACUACAUUUAAACCAGGUGACAAGGUUAUCCCACUCUACGUCCCUCAGUGUGGCCAAUGCAAGUUCUGCUUGAAUCCAAAGACCAACCUUUGCGAAAAGAUCAGCAAAAUUAAAACACCUAUUUCUGAUCAAGACCUGAUGCCUGACGGUACCAGCAGGUUCACCUGCAAAGGGAAGCAGAUUUACCACUUCAUGGGGACUAGCACCUUCUCCGAAUACACCGUUGUAGCGGAAACCUCUCUUGUCAAAAUUGAUGCUGCUGCUCCUCUGGAUAAAGUCUGUCUGAUGGGCUGUGGAUUUUCCACAGGUUAUGGGUCUGCCCUCAAUACUGCCAAGGUGGAACCUGGGUCUACUUGUGCUGUAUUUGGCUUGGGAGGAGUCGGCCUGUCAGCUGUCAUAGGCUGUAAAGCUGCUGGAGCUUCCCGGAUCUUUGCAAUUGACAUCAACAACAAUAAAUUUUCAUUGGCAAAACAGUUAGGAGCCACUGACUGCCUCAAUCCUCAGGAUUUCAAGAAGCCCAUUCAGGAGGUUAUAACUGAAAUGAGCAAUGGUGGUGUUGAUUUUGCCAUUGAAUGCGUCGGUAACGUUGCUGUCAUGAAAGCUGCCCUGGAGUGCAUCAUGGUGGGCUGGGGAACUUGUACAAUUGUUGGAGUGGCUCCGGGUGGACAAUCAAUCCCUGUUUCUCCAAUGCAGCUGAUAAUGGGAAAGAAAAUAAAUGCCACUUUCUUUGGAGGUUGGAAGAGCGUAGAUUCUAUACCAAAGCUGGUGUCUGAUUAUAUGGGAAAGAAAUUCAAUUUGGAUGCCUUGGUGACAUACACUCUGCCAUUCGACAAAAUCAAUGAUGCUUUUGAUCUUAUGUAUGAGGGGAAGAGCAUCAGAACCGUCUUGGUUUUCUAAGGAUUCAACUUAAAUUUUUGCAGACUUCCAUAUGAAUUUGAGCCUUAUCCUCAGCCUGCCUCACUGCUUAAUGACUCGAUUAUCUUUUCUUUACAUAUUCCAGAAAGUACUUAUGUUCAGUAUGUGACAAUAUCGAAUAGGUAGGAACUAAAGGUCACAAUAGACAGUAGCUAUAAACACACAGAUAUAAGCGUUGUGGAAGUGUAUGAUACCAAUACACAACAUUUAUACAUGGAUGUGCAGACAGCGGGUCACUUUAGUGCAACAUGCUUUUUUGCUAACACUGUGAUAUGUUAUUUUUUAUUUGUAUAUAGUAUCUAAUCUCAUGAAAUAAUUAACUAUAUAGAAUGUGUUUCCUAGUUUUUAUGCCAAGAGUUUUCAUUCCAUUCCAUUUUUGUUGGCAUCGUCUUGCAAAAAGACUAAAAACAGCCUCAAAGUGACUAAGCGUUAGAUCCACAAAGGGACUGAGCAUUGUAAAGCCUAACUUUCAGGUGCUCUCCCACCCAGUGAUAUCCUCAGCCCUGAGUUAGGCACAUAGAUUCUCUAUACAGUGCCCGGGGAGAGUUAGGCACCUAAGAAAGGGAUUUACAGAAGCCAGCACGAUAAGUGGGGAACUGCUUUAGGCAGCCAGUAAGAAAUGCUGAGGAGAAGAGUGUGGCCUAAGCCCUGCUCCUUCAGAGAAGGUAGGCACCUAACUCCACUACUACGGAUUCACAUUCGUGAACCUUCUGGAAUUGAAGGCCUAAGCCAGGCCAGCCCUUACUCCCAAAGGGGAAAAAAACAGAGUGAGAGACAGAGACAUCCACUCUAUUAUAACCAAUAACCCAGCAGUUAGGGCACUCACCUGAGAUGUGGAAGGCCUGCUGUCAAAUCCCUUUUUCUGCCUGGCUUGGAGCAGGGACUUGAGCCUGGGUCUCCCCUAUCACAGGAGAGGGCCAUGAUCACUGAGCUAUUAGACAUUCUGGGGCAGAGCACUCAUUCUCUCCUGUUGAAGUGGUGGAGCGGGGAGGAGUCAGAGAAGUAGAUACUUGAGACCAGGACGGGAAGAGAGAGCCGGCAGCUGCUGGGAACAGGAAAUCAGGCUGCUGCUGGAAACAGGAGGGUGGUGCAUGUAGUCACCAUCUCCAAAAUAACUGCACGGCUGCAGGAGCUCUUUGCAUCAUCAUGAGAGCUCCUGCAGCAGCGGGGCACAACCAUGUGUCUCACGAUAAAUUCAUGAGAGUUGGCAAUACUGUGUCUAUGUGGGAAAGCUAUGCCAUUAUAGGCUAAGGUGUGUAUUUAAACCAACAGUGUUUUAUCAGUAUAAACCCCUGUGUAGACACUUUUAUUCCAAUGUAGGAGGGCUAUUUUUGGUUUAGCUUGUAUGACUUGGGAAGCUGUGCAAACAAAACCAAAAAAGCCACUCUUAUCAACACAGGGAUUUAUACUGGUAUUACUAUAUUGGUUUAACAAUAGGCGCCGACUCCGUGGGAGCUCCGGGGCAGAGCACUCACGGGGAAAAAUUAGCAGGUGCUCUGCACCCACCUCCCCUUGUCCCCCUCCUAACCUCCUCCUCCCCCUUCCCCAUGCACAUGGGUCCUCGCUCCUCCCACUCCUUCCCAGCACUUCCCACCCACCGCCUAACAGCUGUUUGGCGGCACUUAGGACUUUCUGGGAGGGAGGGGGAGGAGUGGGGACGCAGCGCACAUGGGGGAGAAG